AUGUCCCAACAGACCGUUAUCCGUCUCCCCGGUGAGCGCAACUCGCUCAAGAACUUCAAAGCCUUCAAGGAGUCUAUUCCCAAGCCCGCCAAGUAUGAGGUCCUGAUCAAGGUUCACUCCGUGUCUUUGAACUACCGCGACGUUGGUGUUGCGCUCUCCCUGUACCCGUUCCCCACUAAGGACAACGUCGUUCCUUGCUCUGAUGCCGCCGGUAUCGUGAUCGAGGUUGGUGAGGGUGUCAAGAACGUUGCCAAGGGCGACCAUGUGAUCAGCACCUUUGAUCCUACCAACCUCUACGGCCAGCAGCCGAAUUGGGACAAUGGUCACGGCGCACCGGUUGAUGGUGUCCUUCGUGAAUACUUCACUGUCAACUCGGCCGCUGUUGUUCAGCUCCCCAAAGACUCCCCCCAGAGCUUCUCCGAGUGGUCCACCCUUGUCUGCACCGGUGUCACCGCAUGGAACGCUCUUUAUGCCAACAUUCCUCUGAAACCUGGCCAAAUUGUACUUGCUCAAGGAACUGGCGGUGUCUCCAUCACCGGUUUGAUUCUGGCCAAGGCUGCCGGUGCUACCGUCAUCAUUACUUCCUCUAGCGAUGAGAAACUCGAAUUCGUCAAGAAGACCUAUGGUGUAGACUACACAAUCAACUACAAGACCCACCCUGAGUGGUCUAAAGAGGUCAUGAAGAUCACCAACGGCCAGGGUGUCGAUUAUAUUCUCGAAAACGGGGGUUCUGGGACUAUCGCUGAGAGCAUCAAUUCCGUCAAAAUGGGAGGCAACGUCUCCGUCAUCGGUUUCCUUUCCAAGGCCAAGGAGAUGCCCGAUGUUGCUAGCAUGGCUCUCGCUAAGGGAGCUGUCGUCCGCGGUGUCGUCGUCGGAUCUACUCAACUUCUGCAGGAGGUCGUCCGAUUCGUUGCCAGCAGGGGCCUUCGAUUGCCCGUUGAGAAGGAAUUCAGCUUUUCCGAAGAGAACACCGUUAAGGCCUUUGAGUACCUCACAUCGGGCACUCAUGUUGGCAAGGUCUGCAUCAAGCUCGUCGAUUAG